AUGAGCACGACCUAUACGCACAUCAAAGGAGAGAUCGUCGUUUCCGCCCAGCUCCAUUGUAAACCGGGGCAGGGAAACGAGGUCGCUGCAUGGAUCGAAAGGCUCAAGGAAGAUGCCGCCGUGAACGAGCCUGGCACGAUCGAGUAUUCUUUCGCGCGAGACUCCCCGGACGGAGACGUGUUCGCUGUCUGGGAGCGGUUCGCGGACGUCGAUGCUAUGAAAGCGCAUGCUACGGCACGAUUGAUGCAGGAGUUUAUCAGGUGCGACUUACUAGCCAAGCCACCAAGUCAUACGUUCUACUGCGGUAGGAUCUCUGGAGAAAAUGCGUGA